AUGACCACAGCAAAUAGCUCAUGCAUUCACCCCUCAUCUUUUCUGCUAUUGGGAAUCCCAGGACUGGAAAAUGUGCAGCUCUGGCUUGGCUUUCCAUUCAGCAUAGUGUAUCUGAUUGCCCUCCUGGGGAAUGCCAUCAUCCUUUUGGUGAUCCAGAAUGAGCACAGCCUUCACCAGCCCAUGUUCUAUUUAUUGGCCAUACUGGCUCUGACAGAUUUGGGCCUGUCUACUGUGACCAUCCCCAAAGUGCUGGGCAUAUUCUGGUUUGGUUUCAGUGAAAUUGCUUUCAGGGACUGCUUAACUCAAAUGUUCUUCAUUCACCUGUUUACAGGCAUAGAAACAUUCAUGCUUGUAGCCAUGGCCUUCGAUCGCUACAUUGCUAUUUGCCACCCUCUCCGAUAUAACACAAUUCUCACCAACAGAAGGAUUUGUUUUAUUGUUGGGGUAGGAAUGUUGAAAAAUUUUGUUUUGGUUUUUCCACUUGUCUUUCUCCUUCUAAGGCUUUCAUUCUGUGGACACAAUGUCAUACCCCAUACCUACUGUGAGCACAUGGGCAUUGCCCGUCUGGCCUGUGUCAGCAUAAAGGCCAAUGUAAUUUUUGGAUUGAUCCUUAUCUCUAUGAUCCUUUUGGAUGUUAUUUUGAUUGCUGUCUCCUAUGUGAAGAUUCUCCUUGCUGUCUUUAAACUCCCAUCCUGGGAAGCCAGGUGCAAAGCUCUCAACACCUGUGGUUCCCACGUGUGUGUCAUCUUAGCGUUCUUUACCCCAGCCUUUUUCUCCUUUCUGACCCACCGAUUUGGUCACAAUAUUCCACGUUAUAUCCACAUCCUCCUGGCUAACUUAUAUGUGAUCAUCCCCCCUGCUUUGAACCCCCUUAUUUAUGGGGUAAGAACCAAGCAGAUCCGAGAGAGGGUGGUGAUGAUCUUUCUUUGUAAGGAAGUUUGA